CCAUCCUUCGCGCUUAUGAGGCCUUUUGUUAUUUAAGAAGGCAACAUGGUAGAUCCUCUUGCUCCAUAUUCUCGCUUUCAUCUCUUAUUUCCUCUAUAUCAAUCUCAUUUCCGACAAUGGUCUGCAAAUACCUCCUGGCCGUAGUGGCUCUAGCCGUCAGUCUCCCGUCCCUGUGUCUCUCGUCUCCUAUCCCACAGAGUAUUAGCGCCCUCACCAGCACAGAGUCGACAAAGAGCGUAGGAGGCGAUAUUAUCACGAGCUGCACAGUCCCCAACUCGUUCGCUAUUACGUUUGAUGAUGGCCCCAGCAUCUGGACCCACGAGUUGCUCGAUUAUUUGGCCAUCAAGAGAGUCAAGGUGACCUUUUUCGUUAAUGGUCUCAACUACAACCUGAUCACCGAUCCGACGUUUGCUGCUGUUGUCAAGCGCGCCUAUGAUGAGGGUCAUCAGAUCGGCUCCCACACAUGGUCUCAUGUCGAUAUCUCUCAGUCAUCGACCAAUCUUGCUAGUGAGAUGGGCAAAUUGGAUGACGCACUCCUCAGUAUCCUGGGUGUCCGCCCUGUGUAUAUGCGUCCUCCUUAUGGCAACACAUCGCCAGCGGCACUCUCUUGGAUGGCAGAGCACGGCUAUAAGGUCAUCAACUGGAACGUCGACACCGACGAUUGGCAGCACCCAACCAAUUACAAAGCUGAUUUUGAGGGCUACAGAAAGGCACUCCAAGACCCGUCAUCCAAGAACAAAUCGUUCAUCAGCCUGCAGCAUGAUGCCGAACAGGGAACGGCUCAGGUGUUCGCCAAGCUUGCCGUCGAAUAUGUCUUGAGCAAAGGCUUUAACAUCAUGCCCGUCGGCGCCUGCCUUGGGGACACAAGCGGAUGGUAUAGAAAAUAGAGAGCACAAAACAGGAGGAGGACCAGCCUCCAGCUAGAGAUGCAUUUUUAUGGUCCGUGGGUUGAGCAUUUCAUCUUUUUUCCGGACACUUUCAUAAGAGCCAGAUCACAUCGCAUUUCUCUUGACUAAUUUUCCGCGGCAAAAAAACUCAUCGAAGUACAGCUCGCACUUUUCGGUGCUGACCUGGAUCAUCAGCUUACAUAGUCUACAUACGUAUCAUAUUCUAGAGUAUCUAUUUCUUUAUUUACAUACUGCAUCAUCUAUUUUCUAACGGCAUAACUUUCAGGCUUUUUCAUGUUUAUUAAUACCAUGCGACAAGAACUCGAUACAUAAAACGAAUUAUGAACUCCUUGG